GUGGGUGAACUGUGUGCACCCACACCCACAGAGCUGUUUCCUCUCUCGAGCUCAGAUGUUGAGAGAGGCAUUGGCACCUUCAAAGGCUGUGUGGCGCGCAGCAAGGUGACUAACCACUGUCUCCUUGUGUUCCUGCAGACACAGCUCACAAGUGGCUCCACUUCAUCGUUGGUUACCCAGCCGUUGAUUGCCCAGCCGAUGCAAACAAACAGGAGGAGGGUGGCGAUGCUGGCCCUUGCCUUGGUGGUAGCGGUCUUCGUUGUCUACCCCGGCAACUACGCUGGGCCCACGGGACAACAAGCCAGGUCGGGCAGGGACCCGCUGGUGGUGUUGGUCUGGAAUUGGCCAUUCUUCAUGAACUCCACCGCGGAGGCCAACGUGUGCCAGGAUCUGUACGUCAUGGACAACUGUGUCCUCACCUGCAACAAGGCUGCGUUCAGCCGGGCAGGUGUGGUCGUGUUCCACCACCAUGAGCUCCAGAGCAACAUUUCCAGCCUGCCGCAUGGAGCUAGACCUCCCCACCAGAAGUGGAUCUGGGUGUCCCUGGAAUCCCCGUCCAACACGAGAAACCUUCGCCAACUCAACGGCCUCUUCAACUGGACAAUGACCUACCGGGAAGAUUCGGACAUCUUCAUCCCUUACGGCAGCCUGGUUAGUAGACGCCAACACGACAACUUUACCAUCCCAGAGAAAUCUCGCCUCGCAACCUGGAUUAUUAGCAAUUACCACAAAAAGAGCCGCAGGGCAGAAGUGUAUUUCAACCUGAGCAAGCAUAUGCAAAUCGACAUCUUUGGGAAAUCAGUCAAAAAGUCCCUGAACAAGACACUUCUGCUGCCAACAAUCUCGAAAUACGCCUUUUACCUGGCAUUCGAGAACUCCAUCCACAAAGACUACAUCACCGAGAAGUUGUGGAGAAAUUCUUUCAUGGCCGGGUCGGUCCCUGUGGUCCUUGGUCCUCCCAGGGCCAACUAUGAAAGGUUUGUCCCUGCAGAUUCCUUCAUUCACGUCGACGACUUCACUUCUGAGAAGAAACUGGCCGAGUUCCUCAAGGAGCUGUGGCGGGACAGGACUCGCUACGAGCAAUACUUCAACUGGAGGAAGCAAUACACAGUUCAGAUGCACACAAAUUGGACAGAGAGGUUUCGUACAAUUUGUUCCAAGUGGAACAGCCUUCCUCAAACUAAAACCUACGAUAAUUUGUACAACUGGUUUCAUGAAUAAGGAUUAUUUUUAAUAUACCUCAAUUUAGUUUGUUUGUUUAAAUGUGUGUUUUAUUAAUGAUAAAUGUGAAAUAAAAUGGGAUUAGAAUCAUAGAAUAUUACUCUUCUGAAAUGUCUUGUUGGUUUUGAUAUUUUAUUACCCACUGUAGUUUUUGUUUUGCAUUAGGUAGACUUUGGUAGAGUUACUAAUAAAGGGUAGAAAAUAUAUAUAACCAUAUAAUAUAACUAUUACAGCACAGAAACAGGCCAUCUCGACCCUUCUAGUCCGUGCCGAACACGUAUUCUCCCCUAGUCCCAUCUACCUGCGCUCAGACCAUAACCCUCCAUUCCUUUCCCGUCCAUAUAACUAUCCAAUUUAUUUUUAAAUGACAAAAACGAACCUGUCUCCACCACCUUCACUGGAAGAUCAUUCCACACAGCCACCACUCUCUGAAAUAUACCUGAAAAGAAGAUAGUAGUUGUGUAAAUUGGUGUAAGUAGUUAACUCUUUCGAAGAUAUAGAUAGGACAGGUUUGUAGAGAUAUGGCAGGUGGGACUAGUGUAGCUGGGGCAUGUUGGCCGGUGUGGGCAAGUUGGGCCAAAGGGCCUGUUUCCAUGCAAUAUCACUCUAUGACUAUCCCAGUCUACAUGUCUCUCAGUGAUGAUAUCCAACAGCCUCCACCACCUCUGGCAGCUCAUCCCAUCCAUUAAUAAUUCUCGGUGUAAAAUAAAAAUUCCCUUCAAAUCCACUUCAAUACUUACCUUAAACCCACACUCUCGUUUUUGAUGCUCCUACCAUGCACAGAAGCUUUGACUCACUGCCCUUGCUGUGUCACAGAAAAUCUAGUGUGAAAACAGGCCCUUCGGCCCAAUUAGCCCAUGCUGUCCAUGAUCCCACACUAGUCCCACCUGGCAUGAAUUGAAUACAUU